CGUUCUCGCCCUUCCUCUCACUUCUCCUCUCAGCCUGAUCUAUAUCUCUGACUCGGACGAACGAAAGGCUUCGGCCAGGCAGCCACCUCGACUGCUCUCCCGACAUCUACCUGCCCUCAUCGAGUGACUGCUGACGAGCGGAGAUGGCGGUGCGUAUCUUGUCGACGUUCUUCCCAGAUCUCUUCAAAUGGACGGUCAAGCGGAUCGGUCUGGACCCACAAGCCGUCGUCGACGACUCGUGCCCACUGCCCGUGCUGCAGCUGGGAGAUGGCGCCAAGGUUGACUGGCCUCUGCUCAUGCCUGUCGUCGUUUCCGGUGUGAUUAUAUCACUCUUCCUGGCUUGUGACCUCUUCUCGAAAGGUGAGCGAGUCACAAAGACAGAAUGUCCGGAGAGCCCGUCGGUCCGUCUGUCAUGUGUGUGUUGGUUGUGUGUGUGACGUGGCAUUGGUCAUGGCACCAGGCAGGCAGCUGAUGGCCACCAGGCACGGCGACUUUGUGCACUACUGGGCCACUUCCCACCUCUGCUAUGCCGUCAUGAAUGCGUCGGCCAUCUUCGUCCACUGCCUGGACGACACGAUCAGCGACUUCUGGGUGGAGCAGAUGACCAUUGUAGACGUCACGGCCACAGCCUGCAGCAGCUCCUCCUUCAUCUUCGCCUCAAUCACAUACCGCCGUCGCGCCAAUGGCGGUCGGAAGGGCCCCUACCUGCUGCUGAGGCUGGUGCACCUUGCCCUCUUCGGCGUGUUCAUAGCCAUCGGCGAAUCGCAGCGUCCCUUCACGCGAGAGUUUCUGUGGAUCGGCGUCACAUCUGUGUCGGUGAUAUUCGUCUACACCAGGGACGUCAUCUGUGCCCUCUCACCGGUCCUGUCUCACGUGAGCAAGGGGUGCAGGAGGAAAGGGGCGGGCACGAUUACGACGUUUUGUCCUUGGUUUCAUGUUUCCUGCAGACGCGGAAGUGGUUGGUGUUGGCUCUGUUGAGCGUGUUCACAUUCAGCAGUUUGAUGCUACUGGGGGUGUUUGGGCACCGGUGUGGGAUCGUGUCGCAAGCGGCGAUGCCUCUGGGCUUCUUCGGCCACAACGUGGGCAUGAUGUGCCUAUGGUGCUAUGCGCGGAUGCUCAUCGACUACCACGCGGAGGCGCUGCAUGGCUGCACACAUAAAGGGGCAAAGGGCGGGUAGGCACUAGCUAGCUGUGACAUAGGGAGAGAGGCAGUAGUCAAUCUACCCACUGUAUGCGUGACUACACAGAUUGGUCUGUAUGCGUGCCCUCACAGUGCAGCGCGUGGUGUGUACACAUAUAUUAAUUAUUGACAGAGCGGACGAUCCAUCAGUGUGAUCCACAUGACAUGACAUGACGUGUGUAUGCCGUCGCUCUACUUACUCAAACAUGCGCUUGUCAGUCAGUGCUGACGAGCAAUCAGAGACUAUGCAGGAGGGGCGUGUUUUUCGAUGUGAGAGAGCUGAUUUGUUCAUAGCACGGGUGAGGGGCAUGGAUGCACACAUAGAGGGGCAAAGGGGGUAGGCACUAGCUACCUGAGAAAUAGGGAGAGAGGGAGUAGUAGUCAAAUGUACCCACCCCGGAGCACGGAGCACUUGGUGCUUGGUCCUCACUUGACCUUGGUUUGCAUGCAUGCACUUCAAGUGAUGAUUCGAUAU